ACAACUUGUUAACCAACAUUGCCACACUGGAUAGACAGCUAACUCUACACAAUUUCAAUACCUAAGUUGAAGUCGUAUACUCGAUCCAUUAACCAAGUUGUAUUCAUGGUGUACGAUUUCGCUAUACUAUUUUCUAAAAUAUUUUUCCAACAAUUUAUUUAAAUAACGUUAUUAAAAAAAAAUCAUAUAUCGGAAGUGUGCGAGAGUCGGGUCCGACCAGGGUAUUUUGCACAAGACAGCAACCUCUGUGGCUCUCUGUUUGUACCACCAAAAUCCUCAGCAGUUCCAAAAAGAAGAAGAAGAAGAAGAAGAAGAAGAAGAAGAAGAAGAAGAAUUCAAACAAAAAUGUCGUCUGUUGGAACUUUUCAACUACUACUACCUCCAUUUCCUUCUUCCUCCUCCUCUUCUUUUACCAAUAAAACCCUUUCUCUUCGUCCUCUCCCCUUCCCCACUUCGCCUCGGCAGCGCCACGCCCACCACCUUAAUCACAGUUUGCAACAUCUCCAUCCAAUUUCAAAAUCUGGACGGAAUUUCGGAUCCUUCCGCUGCCUCUCGGGAUUGUCUCCUGAGCUAAAAACAACAAUCGACAAGGUCAUUACAUCGGAGAAAGUUGUUCUGUUUAUGAAGGGAUCUAAAGACUUCCCACAAUGUGGAUUUUCCCACACUGUAGUGCAAAUAUUGAAGUCUUUAAAUGUGCACUUCGAGACUAUAAACAUCCUAGAGAACGAACUAUUGAGACAAGGACUGAAGGAGUAUUCUAACUGGCCAACCUUUCCUCAGCUGUAUAUAGAUGGAGAGUUCUUUGGUGGUUGUGACAUAACAGUUGAAGCAUACAAAAGCGGAGAAUUGCAAGAAGUGUUGGAGAAGGCAAUGUGUUCUUGAAGCCCAGGUUUGGCAAUCCUUCUUCACUUGAUUUUUAAUGAAGGAAAGAUGUAUAUCAACAUGACAUUUAUGUUACUCAAGGCCUCAUUACAAAGGGUGAAAACCAGUUGCUUGUUUGUUUGGAUGUCUAUUUCUCACCUGGUUAAAAGAAAAAUAGUCUUGUGAGAUUAGGUGAAAUGUGUAUAAACUGAUUUGAACAAUAAAGAAAAUAGUGGGCUGGGGGUAAUGAAAUUGGUCGUUGUUUUUGUAGUUUGAAAGUUUGGAAGUGUUAAAUGUGUAAGUGACUACCACAUGAAAUUAAAAGUUUAACGAACCCUUCCCUUCAUAAAAAA